AUGGACAAAAUAUUCAGAGUGGUCCAAUGCACCGAAGCUCAAAAGGUGCUAUUUUUGGUGUACAUGUUGGAAGGAGACGCCAAUCAUUGGUGGGCUAAUGCGUCCCAACCUUUGGAGAUGCAAAAUGCGGCGAUUACUUGGGCCAUAUUUGAAGAAAUGUUCUUGGAGAAGUAUUUCUCGAUGUCAAUCCGGGUCAGCAAGCAAGGCGAAUUCGACCGACUCGUACAAGGGACCAUGACGGUGGCCCAAUAUCACGCUAAGUUCCACGAACUACUCCGAUUGGCGACUUACCGAGGAACCAUGCCCAUGCCGGAUUUUCUGACAGCAAAAUUCCAAAGGGGUCUGUCCGCUAGGAUUACGAAAUUGGUAGCUGGCAACGGCACCUGUGACAUGGCCACCCUAGUAAACCGAUGUAGACAGGUGGAGGCGGUCGGUUUGCAAACAAGGAAGCCCGCGAAGACCAGCGGAUCCGGACACGAAACUCUGAUGACUAGGAACCGACCAUGGAGAGGGAAGAGCGGAGGCAGACCAUGGCAGCCCAGGCGUGAUGACCACAAGUUCAAGAGGCCCGGGAAUCCCCGUGGAAACAGCAGCAGGGCUCCCAAUUGCCCCAAAUGUAGGAAGGCACAUUUCGGCAAUUGUUUGAGCGGAUCGAUGAAAUGCUUCAAGUGCAGCCAAGAUGGACACUUCAUCAAAGAUUGUCCACAAUGGAGGGAACAACAGCCAGCAGCUGAGACACCAAGAAUGGGCAGAGUUUACACGCUGGAUCAACAUGUGGCGGACAAGGCAGCCGAACUAGUUAAAGGUACGAUCAAUAUAUGUGGUGAAGAACUAUCUGUUUUAUUUGACUCUAGUGCGACCAAUUCCUUCAUUGCCGACUAUGUGGCAAAUGCAUUUAACUUAACUAUGAGCCCAAUGCAAUCCCCAACGCAAGUCACCUCUGCGACGGGGGAAGUGACAGCGUCUCACUUCAUAUGUAGAAAUGUAGAAUUCAGAUACAAAGGAAAGAAGUACAACCAAGACUUCAUAAUUCUCCCCUUAGCCAAACUAAACCUAAUAUUGGGAAUGGACUAG